CUGAGAUGCUAACUUCUUCCUCAUGGAUGACUGAGAGCGGGACCAGAAAUCCUGUCAUGUGGCAGAAAAUGAAUGGGUGGAGCACUCUUUGCUUAUAUGCGUCUUUGCCAUAUGCGCUUUUGUUGCGAAUUGUGGAUUAAGAGCAAGUACAAAAUCUUACCCGGAAAAGAAAGAAGAGGCUAAAUAAAAGUAAAGGCUGGAUAAAAGGAGCAAGCUGCAUGCUGGCACUAUUUUGGAACAUCAUUACGGAAUGUUUUUUUCCAUUUCUUCAGCUGUCCUGCCUGAAAACAACAUCUCUGGUCUUUAAUGCUCAUUUUCCUGGCAUCCAUGAUUUUGGAAACUUCAUGUAAGGACAACAUGUUACGAAAAAUAAAGACACAUCAGACUUUAACCAAACUCAAAUUAUUUUAGUAAAACAGUUUUUUAUACCAGUAAAAAACUAAUAAAUGGAACUCAUAUUCAUAAUUUGUCAAUGGUUGUUCAGCACAAGGGCUUGACAUUCAGGGAUGGGUGAAUGGACUUGGGAAGGCUAUUGGAAAGAACCUGGAAUUUUUUACUGCGAACAAAGACAUAUCAGUUUUACUUAUAUAUUUUUUGAAUUUUGACUUUGUUUUUGUUUUUUAUCACUUGUGGAAUAUUCUUGUUUGAAUACAGACUAAAUUUGUGAACCAUACUGGAACGAGGGAAUGGAGAGUAAGCCCAUCAAUACAUUUUCUGACAAAUUAACAAACCUUUUUAAUCACCAUGAAAAACAUGAACUUCAAACACUGACUGAGGAGUCGGACAGUCCAGAUUUGACUUCUUUUUGCUUGUUGACUAAGGAAAGAGAGGUUAAUGGUCAACAAAAAUUUGUUCAAAGGCAGGGUGGUUUUGAUGAUCAAGGGGAGGAUUUUGCUAUAAUUGUUAAGGUUUUACCUCCAAACGCUGAGGAAGACAGGACAAAGGACCAUGUCAACAGACCGGAGUAUCAGAAUGUUAAUGAAAUCGAUUUUUCUUCAGAAAAGGAGGAAGUGGACUUAGACCUCAAUGUUAUGCACCAGAGAGAUAAUUACAGUAAAACAUCAGUUGUGCGCCAGACUGUCCAGGAUGUAACAGAUGGUCAAGCUGACACACCAUCUAAAUCACUUAGCAAAGUCUCAGCCAGUGGCAGUGCUAACAGACUGGACAAACAACUUGAGGAUCCAGUAAUCGGUACAGUGGAUAAUAAAGAUCCUGUUUUCAGAGAAGGACACAGACUCAAUCAGGACAUAUCUGCAAAUGAGACAGUUGUUGUGGAAUCAGAUAACUCCAGCAAUGAGGAGCUGUUUGCUGAGGAAGAACCAUUAAAAGUGAGAGUCCAUACAGACAUUCAAAGCAGAAAUGAUUUUUUAAUAAAAGAGCCUUUCAAUUCAUCCGCAAAUAACGGAAUUUCAGUGCAAAGUCACCGGGAAGUAUCUGCUCCUGAGAGCAAAAUAGAGUCUGGUGGAAAUCUUCAAAACACUGCAGAUGUUCCAGAUGAGGUAACCAAAUCUGGUGUAAAUGAACAAACUUUGACUAACCGCAAGGCAUCUGCAAACAUGGACGUUCAGAACACAUUAGCGCACUGUGAAGUUCAUGAUCUCACUAAAAAGGUUCUUUCAUCAAACUCACCUGUGAACACCAGAACUGUGGUCAUCACCCUUACACGUGUUGAAGCUCUUUCUGCUGAACCGUGUGUUGAUACUAAAGAGAUCCAACUGAGAGAUGAGACUGCAGGUAGCCAAGCUAUUUGCAAUGAAAGCAGCGCAAGUUCAGACAGCAUUUUUGUGCACGUCCAUCCACCUACCACAAGCCAGGAGAACCAAAUUAGAUAUUCUGAGGCUGGAGGUGUGAUUUUAACAGGUUCUGACCUCUGUGACACUGAAGAACACAGUUCCAGUUCGUCUGAGCUAGUUAAUAAGACUAAUUCAGAAACAGAACCGGUGCUUUCAGUCAUCCAGGUGGAGACAAAAAUGCAUGCAGAGGGAGAUAUUAAUAAAGAGAGUGUGAAAGAAGACACCAUGUUAGAUACAGAUUCAUCGUCCACUGAGAAAACCACAAAAGACCAAAGCAUACUCUCCCCCACAGUAGUAAAAGAGAAACCGCUCCAACUGUCGUCCCUCUUCACUGGGCUGCUCAGCCCCAAGAAAGAAGCACUUGAGGAAAAUGAAACUACAGAGCAGCCCCAAAGCCCUACCAAACGAGGACUUUUUACCGAUCAGUCUAAGAAAGAAGUCAAGGGAGACUUCCUGGAACAGCUUACUCAAUUCCUCAGCAAGGGGGAAGGGAAGAGAAAGCAAGAGAGCAAGUCAAGCCCCCCACUGUCUCCAAUCGGUCAGGACCCUGCUGAAAAGCCAGAGACUACUGUAGAGGAGCCGGUCAUUCCCCAGUCUGAGGAAACCAACAAAUCUACAAAUGCAGAGACGGCCUUAGGUGCAUUGAAGGCUUUUUUCACGGUUAAAUCUGCCAAAAAAGACACUUCAAAUCGCAUGGACCGGGACAUUGUAAAGAAGAAGAUCAACAGGGACAAAGACGUCCUCAGAGCUUUCUUUGACAGGAACUCAAGCAAGUCUCCAGACAACAAAGAAACUAAAGCUGAUGUGAGUGAGGAGCACACCCCAAAGCGACUUCAGACUAUCUGGCCACCACCAAAACUGAAAAAUGACGAGGAGAAGAUUGGUCUCAAAUACACGGAAGCUGAGCAUCAGGCUGCUCUUCUGCAACUAAAAAGAGAAUGUAAUGAAGAAGUGGAGAAGUUACAGGCCGACUUCAAACUUGAGCUCUUCCGGUUAAAAGAGAAGAACGAAAAGGAUCUGUCCAGACAAGCGGUAACCAUUGCAAGCUUACAAAGAGAGAAAGACAAAAAUCUUCACAGAAAUCACAGAGAUGUUGCUGUGUCCACUGACGACAACAUCAAAACACGGACUUUCCACUCUGUGUGCAUUCAGACCGACAGAGAGACAUUCAUCAGGUCUGAGGAGGCCAAGGAAGCGAGUCUUGACCCCCUUCCUAAAAAUGCUGACCUCAACUCAACAAAAAACUUUACUGAAAGACAAAAGACAGUUCUUCCACCAGCUGCCCCACCUGUAUCACCUCAGUUACAGAUGAAUAGAAACAAGAUUCCCCCUCCCCCUCCCCCUCCCCCUCCACCUGGCCCUUGCAUUCCUAAUAUAUCUACACUUCCUGCUCCGCCACUGGAUACACCAAGUAUGCCUCCUCCACCUGGCCCUUACAAUCCUAAUGUACCUCCACUUCCUGCUCCGCCACUGGAUAAGCUAGGAAGUGUGCCUCCUCCUCCUCCUCCACCUGGUCCUUGUACUUCUAUUGUACCUCCACUUCCUGCUCCGCCCCUGGAUAAGCCAGGAAGUGUGCCUCCUCCUCCUCCUCCUCCUCCUCCUCCUCCACCUGGUCCUUGUACUUCUAUUGUACCUCCACUUCCUGCUCCGCCACUGGAUAAGCCAGGAAGUGUGCCUCCUCCUCCUCCUCCACCUCCACCUGGUCCUUGUACUCCUAAUGUGCCUCCACUUCCUGCUCCUCCACUGGAUAAGCCAGGAAGUGUGCUUCCUCCUCCUCCACCUCCUCCUCCACCUCCACCAAUGACAGGAUGUGGUCUUCCACCGCCACCACCCGUUCUCCACUCGAUCUCCAAUCCCCCUCAUGGAGUUGGUAUCUUCCUCAGUACAGCAGCAGACAAUCCUCCUCGCAAACGUUUAGUGGAGCCAAUCUGUCCAAUGAAAUCGCUCUACUGGACACGAAUACAGAUUCAAGAUAACAGGAGCAAUAUGCUGUGGAGUUCCCUGGAAGAGCCACAGAUAAUAAACACCAAUGAUUUUGCGGAACUGUUUGCUAAAGCCACAUCGCCCACCAAAAGAAAGCCCCUAUCCGAAGCCUAUGAGAAGAAAACCAAAGCCAGGAAGGUUAUUAAAUUACUGGAUGGCAAGCGCUCUCAGGCUGUGGGCAUCUUAAUCUCAAGUCUCCACCUGGAGAUGAAGGACAUCCAGCAAGCUGUUUUGAAUCUGGACAAUUCUGUGGUUGACUUGGAUGCUAUCGAAGCCCUGUAUGAAAAUAGAGCUCAGCCUGAGGAGUUAGAGAAGAUUAAGAAACACUAUGAAACCUCAGACGAGGAGCAGGUCAAACUACUGGACAAGCCUGAACAAUUCCUGUAUGAACUCUCCCAGGUCCCUGAGUUCUCCAGUCGAGUUCACUGUUUAAUUUUUCAGUCGAAGUUCACCGACGCCGUUGCCUCCAUGCAGCGCAAGACCGAGAUUAUUCUACACGUCUGCAAGUGUCUUUUGGAGAAAGUUAGUGUGAGGGAGGUGAUGGGACUGGUGCUUGCUCUGGGAAACUACAUGAAUGGAGGGAGCAGAGCUAGGGGACAGGCCGAUGGCUUUGGGCUUGAGAUUCUUCCCAAGCUUAAGGAUGUCAAGAGCAGGGAAAAUCACAUUAGUCUGUUGGACUACAUUGUUUCCUACUAUCUGCUUCACUAUGAUGAGAACGCUGGGACAGAAAAGAGCAUCUUUCCUUUGCCUGAACCUCAAGAUGUUUUCCUUUCUUCUCAAGUGAAGUUCGAUGACCUCUCAAAGGAUCUCAGGAAGAUGUACAGAGACUUGACAGUUUGUGAAAAGGAUGCUCUAACCGUGUGUACCAACUCAUCUCAAGAGCACAUACAUCCCUUCAAGGAGAAAAUGGACUUGUUCAUUGCCAACGCACAAAAAGAGCUAACUGCUGUGGAACACCAAGUGAUAUCAGCACGUAAAAGCUUCUCUUACCUAGUGGAGUAUUUUGGGCUGCAGUCACGUUCCGGGGAGCAAGAGAUUACGCCAGGCCAUGUUUUCACAUUUUGGUUUGAAUUUUGCAAUGACUUCAAGAUCAGAUGGAAGAGAGAGAACAAGGUCAUAUCCAAACUGAGAAUUAAAGAGGCCCAACAGUCAGUGCGCAACAUGACAGCAGAGAAAAAGAUUGAGACCAGAAGGGCCAAUGCCAAUGGACUGAAAGAGAGACUGCGUCUGAAAGAAGCAAGUCUGACCACCAGCUGACCCUUUCUCCUGACUGCACGUUACUGGCCAGGAUGACAGCCUGUCUGUCAAAUUAGUGUAUCACAUUUAUGACCCAAAGAUCCCUUCGACUACGGUUUAGAUAUGAAUUAAUGCUGU